AUGCCCUCUUCUGACCCUCAACAAUCCAUCUCGAACCAAAUCGCAAUAAUUUUCGGGAUCUUAGCGACCAUUUUAACGCUCUUAGGCGUCACGGUUGGAUGUUUGCAGUAUAGACAGAACGCUAGAAACUCUAUACACCAACGAGAUAUCGAAAUGCAAGCGCCGAUUUCGCCAAAUAGCUGGCAUGUCCCUCUUAUCGGCAAUGACGAUGAUUUUGGUGUUGAAGCAACGAAUCUUAUCGAGCCACCGGCACCGACGUAUAAUGGGUUGGGACUAAGACCGCCGGUACAGGUUGGAAGUCAUAUGUCUGAUGCGCUGGUUGGAAGCGUGUAUGCGCAUUUGAUGGCUCGUAACGCGAGACUCAUUCGUCCGGAGGUGCGUGAAGGGACUGCUAUGUUGAAUGUAGCAUGA